AUGAUCCACACUACAAAGACCGUUUUAACCUUCUCACAAGUCUCUUCCUCACGCCCCCUCUCUUCCAACCUUUGUCGGAAAACAUCAACCGUUAGAUUUUGCAGCCGUAAGAUGGACGAGGCACAAAAGGCUAAUACCGAGAAAAAGGAAACUACUGAGCAUGGGGAUGUGAUGUCUCAUUCGUUUGGAGAAGGGUAUGCUACGAGAUCUGAUGAAGAAGGAUUUGGAGGAACAUAUGGUGGAAACCAGUCUCUUCAGCAACAUAAGUCCGUCGAUGAAAAUCAUCCAGAUUAUGACAAGACGCAGGGAAGUGUUGUGAAAGAGAAGGAAAAAGCCAGGCACCAGAGCAACUCCACUUAG